AUGAAAGAGCAGUCAGGUGAUCAGCUAGAAAUGGAAUCACAUGAAAUCAUGUAUGUGCUAUUAUGUCUAGAUGAUGUAAUAUUAUUGAAAACUGCCUACACUACCAUCCUUCAUUUCAUUUUCAUGGAGAUCAUUCGCGGUAUUUUAGCCAUUUGCAUUGCAGUGUCCCUCCUGCUUUAUAAUUCCAGCAACGUAGAAGGAAGGCACCAUCACCACAAGCCAAAGAACAAAAGCUCCAAAAGUACAGGGCACCGUGUUUCUCCACCCUCUGAUGGAGGCCCUGGUCCUCAAAACCCCAAGUCGCCUUCAUCCCCUUCUAAUCCUCCUUCAGUCCCUUCAGACCCUUAUCCUAACGAUCCUGGAAACACUAGUUCAGACUGCAUUUUCAAUGUAAUGGAUCAUGGGGCAGUUGGUGAUGGUUCCACUGAUGACACUGAUGCAUUCAGGCAGGCUUGGAAAGAAGCUUGUGGGGUGGAAUCUGGUGUUAUUCUGGCCCCUUCAGGUUAUUCUUUCAUGAUUACUUCAACUAUUUUCUCGGGUCCAUGCAAGCCAGGACUUGUGCUUCAGGUGGAUGGGCGCCUAAUGCCUCCGGAUGGACCAGAUUCCUGGCCAGAAAAAGAUAGCAAAAAGCAAUGGCUUGUGUUUUAUCGACUUGAUGGUAUGACUCUCACCGGAGAAGGAACCAUUGAAGGAAAUGGAGAGAAGUGGUGGGAUCUACCCUGCAAACCUCACCGGAGUUCUAGUGGAUCCGCAUCAAAAGGACCAUGUGAUAGCCCUGCUUUAAUUCGGUUCUUCAUGAGCUCUAAUUUGGCAGUCCGUGGUUUAAGAAUCCAAAACAGUCCUCAAUUCCAUAUGAAAUUUGAUGGCUGCGAAGGAGUUUUGAUAGAAAAACUGUCCAUAUCUUCUCCUAAACUUAGCCCCAAUACUGAUGGAAUCCACAUAGAAAACACCAAGGCUGUUGGCAUAUACGAAUCCUCCAUUAGCAACGGUGAUGAUUGCAUAUCAAUCGGGACAGGAUGCUCAAAUGUGGACAUAGAUGGUCUCACUUGUGGUCCCAGUCACGGGAUUAGCAUCGGAAGCCUAGGAGUACACAAUUCCCAGGCAUGUGUACGGAACAUAACCGUCCGAAAUACGGUAAUAAAAGAAUCAGACAAUGGAAUGAGGAUAAAGACAUGGCAAGGCGGCACGGGUUCUGUAUCGGACAUAAACUUUGAAAACAUACAAAUGGAGAAUGUUAGGAAUUGCAUGAUCAUAGACCAAUACUACUGCCUAUCAAAGGCUUGUCUAAAUGAGACCUCAGCUGUCUAUGUCACAGGUGUAACAUACAGGAACAUCAAGGGCACCUAUGAUGUUCGAACCCCACCAAUACAUUUUGCUUGUAGUGACACGGUAGCCUGCACCAAUAUACUACUCUCAGAGGUUGAGCUUCUCCCAGAAGAGGGUGAAUUGAUGGAUGAUCCAUUUUGUUGGAAUGCUUACGGAACUCAAGAAACAGUGACUAUUCCUCCUAUAAAUUGCUUAAGAGAAGGAGAGCCCGAGAGCGUAGGAGAAGUCUCCUCUACUGGUUGCUAA